UGUGUCUGCAAUUCACAGCUUGCAUGUUGCAACAAAAUUUUCUAAAGAUACAUUGUUAUUUCGUUCAGAUCUGUGUUUGAAACUCUGUAGAGCAGCGGCCAUUAACCUCUAGGCAGCUCUGGCCUAAUCAUGGAAACUGUUCCGAGUGGAGAUGGAGCCCAAGAGUUGAUCAAGCUGGAUGCUGUUAGGAGUCCCCACAGAGGAGUGAGAUUUGAUCUGAUACAUGAGAAUCAAGAUGACCUGAGAGAGGAGGAUAGUUGCCAAGAGCCCAAUCAGACAAAUUCACUGCUGAGGAAUAACUGGUCCACUUUAACCCAAAGGGUCCUUUCCUCCAUGCCAAGUCGCUCUGUCGGAUGGAGUCAGACAGCUGUGCUCUCCCAAAAUCAGAGCCGAUCCAACCAGACACGCAGAAGACGACCUUACAGCACUGUCUUCACCACACCCUGCUCUACAGAGCAGGACACUUUUAUAAGGCUGGAAGAUUGCUCCAAUGAUGUGACCCAAAAUAAAGGGUUGCUAGAGAACCUGCAGGGUUUGUCUGCUGGUGAAUGUGUACGUCUCUUGCGUGAAAUGCCUCUUACCAUCUCUGAGAAGCGUCAACUCAGAGCUCUGGCCUGUGUUGGGAAGUCGGGACAGUCUCUUUUUGCUAAAAAAGCUUGGUGUUGCCAUCAGGUUAAAGCUAGUGUCUUGAAGGUCCUGUGUGUUGGCUGGUCAGGUAGACUACAGCUGUGGCAGGGUAUGCUUAAAAGUAUCAGCGCCCGCUUUGGCACUGGGGUUCUGUCUUAUUUUAUCUUCCUCAGAACUCUAUUACACUACAACAUCCUCCUCUUCCUCAUCAACUGCCUCUUUCUGUUCCUGCCACAAAUCACAAAUCCCCCUCAUUCAGAAGCCAGAACCACAGCUGCCCUGACAGGCCCCUGGCUGCUUACUGGGAUGGGUAUUCUUAAAGACUCUGGUAUGUUUUACGGUUACUAUUCCAACUCCACAAGCGGAAACUGCAGAGCUGAAAAUACAAUGAUGAUGUGUCCUGAAAAUUACAACAUUCCUCUGGCGUAUAUAUUUACCAUUGGAAUAGGCCUGUUUAUCACCUGUGUAAUGCUAGUGUACAGCAUGUCUGAAUCAUUUGGGAAGAGUUUCCACUUAUUCAAGUCUACUGGUUUCCUGGCUUUGAAGGUGUUCAGCUCAUGGGACUUUAAAGUGAGCAGGAAAAGAUCUGUUAAACUGCAGUCAGUGAACAUCUGUAAUCAGCUGAAGGAGAUGCUGUCGGAGCUCAGCUGCACUAAAAAGAAGGGAAAUAUGAGGUCAACACUGGGCUUGUUAGCUAUACACACACUAGCAUGGACCAUUUGCCUACUUAGCAUAGCUUUGUGCAUGCUGGCUGUUUACUACUUCUGUCAUGAUAUUAACCAGGUGAGCUCUGUUAAGGAAGAUGAUCCUUUGCGUUUGCUGAUGUUGCCUGUGGUCGUGUCUUGCAUCAGUCAUCUACUGCCUGGUUUUUUUGACAUCUUAUCUUGGGUGGAGCAUUAUGAGUCACCAAACGUUCACAUUUAUGUCUCCAUCAUAAGGAACUUGUUGUUGAAGGGUUGCAUUUUUAGUGUGUUGUGUUUCCACUGGCUGGGUAAGAUUGCUGCUGAGCAGGAAGCACAAAAUAUUCAGUGUUGGGAGACACUUGUUGGUCAAGAGGUUUAUCGUCUGGUUUUGAUGGAUCUCAUAUUUGCGAUGCUUUACAUAAUCAUUAGAGAAUUUCUGUGGGGGCUAUGUACUCAAAGCAUAUCAUUUAGAAGAAGGAAACUAGUGUUUGACAUAGCACGAAAUGUACUGGAGCUUAUCUAUGGUCAAACACUUGUGUGGCUUGGUGUUCUGUUUGCCCCGCUGCUGCCUUCAGUACAAACUGGGAAACUGUUUCUCUUGUUCUACAUGAAAAAGAAAAGUUUGAUGAUUAACUUCCAAGCACCCAAGAAGCACUGGAGAGCCACACAUAUGAGCACCCUCUUCAUCACCCUCCUGUUCUUCCCCUGCUUCAUUGGAGCCCUUGCAUGUGUCUUAUAUACAAUGUGGAGGAUCAAGCCGUCGUCAGGAUGUGGGCCAUUCAGGAACCUCCACAACAUGCUUCUAUCAGCCAAGGAGUGGAUCAGGGGUCUGGAAAACUCUAACCCCAAUAUGGCCUGGCUGAGCUGGGCAUACACCUAUAUGGUGGACAACCCUUUAUUCCUUUUCAUUAUUGCAGGCCUGUUGCUAACUGUUAUAUACAUUCACAUGCAAAUUUUGGAUGGACAAAAAAAAGUGAUUUCAGUGUUACAGGAACAAAUGGGCUAUGAGGGUGAAGAUAAGAAGUUCCUUAUAGCUAAACUGCAGGCUAUCAAUGAGCAGAGUGCACAUGUGCUAUAACUCCCAAGGACUCAGGAGUUGUUUGUUUCAAGGAAGGCUGGAUUCUACAGAAAAUUUUCAACAAUACGUAAUCCAGGAAACACGAGACCUGAAAAACCAGUGCAUAGUAGAUGGACUAGGAUUAAAGCUGCUUGUUGGACUCAAAUUACACCUGUGCUUUGUGGUUGUUCUUGUGAUGUAAUCAUGUUAAGCAUAAUUUAAAAUGUUUUUUUAAUACCUUUUAAUACCUUUUUUUCUUGCAUCAAUUAUUUGUUGCAUCGCAACAGCAACAUUUUGGUAUGUUUGAGUAAAUUAUGAUCAUUUUAAACGAGGAAGACGAUCAAUACCUUUUAUUUAGCAUUUUCCAUUACACAUUAAUGAGAUUCAUUAGUUUAUUGUUUUGCUGUUAUUUGGAGGUUUAAGAUUAACAAAUAAAUGCAACAUUUGAUGUUUUAAAUGAGCAAUACUUCUGAAUAAUUAAUGAGUUUGUUGGUGAAUGCCAAUUCUGGAAUUCUGCUGUCAAAUAUUUUCGUAUUUCGACCUUUGUCUCGGCCAACCAAUUUCCGAAGGACAUUAUCCUAACAUAAAGUCAAUAUAC